AUGGGUGGAAUAGACUCAGAGCUAAUAAAAGACGGGUGGUUCCGCGAAUUAAGCGAAAAGAGCUUUCCUGGCCAAGGACUCGCGUUGAAGGUCAAGAAAGUCCUGCAUCACUCGAAGAGUGAAUUCCAAGAUAUCUUGGUGUUUGAAAGCGCAACUUAUGGAAAUGUUCUUGUGCUUGAUGGAAUUGUGCAGGCCACUGAACGAGAUGAGUUUGCAUACCAGGAAAUGAUCACACAUAUCGCAAUGUUCGCUCACAACCAUCCCCGCCGCGUGUUGGUCAUUGGUGGUGGUGAUGGGGGUGUCUUGCGAGAGGUAAUUAAGCACAAUUGUGUUGAAACCGCAACAUUGGUCGAAAUUGACAAAACGGUGAUCAAUUUGGCUCUGAAAUAUCUUCCGGGGAUGGCAUGCGCCUUCGGUGACUCAAAAGUUCAGGUCAAGUUGCAAGAUGGGUUCGAAUUCCUCCGCGCUGCUGCUAUUUCUCCAGACCAAAAGUAUGAUAUCAUUAUCACAGAUUCCUCGGAUCCUGAAGGUCCUGCGGAAGCUUUUUUCCAAAAGGAAUAUUUCGAGCUCUUGCACAACGCAUUAUCAGAAGAUGGCAUAGUCAUCGCUCAAGCAUCGGAGAAUGUAUGGUUGAACUUGGACUAUAUUCGCAACCUGAUCGACAGUGCUGCCUCGGUAUUUCCUGUUGCCAAGUACUGCUACACUACAGUUCCAACCUACACGUCCGGUCAGCUAGGGUUGGUCGUAUGCGCGAAAAACCCACGUGCGAAUGUGCACCGUGCAAUUAGAAAGCCAACAGCAGAGGAACAGUCACAGUUGCGAUAUUACAAUGAGCAGAUUCACUCUGCAGCCUUUGUACUUCCCACCUGGGCCCACCAUAAAAUUUAUAAAGAAGAGUAA